CCGAUAUCCAAAGCCUAUGGAUAUCCCUCCAUCCAACCUCCAGCACAAAAGCCCAGAAACCGAACCCGCCAUCAAUCAACCUCAACCAAAUGGCCCCAGCCAAUGUCCCACUCGAUCCGCUUCUCCAAGACCUCGGAACCCAGCAAGCCGAAAGCCAACCAAGCCAACCGAGCCAAACUACCGUAGGAGCGAGUCAAACCGAAGUAGAAGAGGUCGGAACUAAGAGAUCGGCUAGCUAUUCUGAGAAUGAGGACGUCCAGCUAUGUCGAUCGUGGAUUGUGAUAUCGGAGGAUCCUUUGGUCGGUACUCAUCAGGACGGCACGACCUUUUGGAAACGAGUCCACCAUUCCUACUCCAAAAAUCUCCCGGAAUCUCGUCGAACUGCGGGAAGUUUGAAGGCUCACUGGGUUGCGUUGCAGAAGCCCAUCAGCAAGUUCCGAGGCUUCGUUAACCAAAAGGCCUCGUUCAAGUACCUCCGCGUUUACAACAUACUCGUCAAGGUCCCCAAAUGGAACUCCUAUACGGACGAAAACACCAAAAAAAACCAACUACCGGUUCAGAAAAAACGAGCUAGAAGCCCUAGUAGCGACGCGCCAGCCUCCACUGCUUUGACGUCCGAGCCCGUUUCUGAUGCGGAAGCCAACUCAACCGAUGCGUCUUCUGUUCAACGUCCAAUGGGUAAGAAGAAGGCCAAACUAAUCCACGAACUCGCAAACAAGGAAGACAACUGGAAAUGUAUCAUUGCGCGCGCUCACGAGUCCGUGGCGAAUGAAUCAAAGCGCCAGAACGACAUCUUCGAUAAGGAAGCUUGGUCCUUGAAUGAGAUGGCUCAGACCAGCAAAACUAACACCCAGGUAUCGAUCAUGGACAAGGAUCUGUCCAAUCUUGAUGACGACUCCAAGGAGUAUUUUAGAUUAAAAAAAAGGGAAAUAUUAGCCUCUCUUCGCUCAAACACAUCUUCUUCAUCUUAG